AUUCUGAAAAAUCGUAGAGCCGGAAGUGUUCGAGCUGAUGCUGCCUGUUUGAACACAGGCGAGCCAAAAUGGCAGAAUACCUCGCAUCUAUUUUCGGGACAGAGAAAGAUAAAGUCAAUUGCUCUUUUUAUUUUAAAAUUGGUGCCUGUCGACAUGGUGACCGCUGCUCCAGAUUACACAACAAGCCAACAUUUAGCCAGACGAUUGCCCUGCUGAACAUUUACCGGAACCCUCAGAACAACACUCAGUCUCUGGACGGUCUGACCUGUACCGUCAGUGACAUGGAGAUGCAGGAGCACUACGAUGAAUUUUUUGAGGAAGUCUUCACAGAGAUGGAAGAAAAGUACGGAGAGGUGGAGGAAAUGAACGUCUGUGACAACCUCGGGGACCACCUGGUGGGAAAUGUUUACGUGAAGUUUCGUAAUGAAGAAGAUGCCGAGAAGGCUGUGAUAGAUUUGAAUAAUCGCUGGUUUAAUGGACAACCCAUCCACGCUGAGCUGUCUCCUGUUACAGACUUCAGAGAGGCCUGCUGUCGCCAGUAUGAGAUGGGGGAAUGCACCCGUGGAGGCUUCUGUAACUUCAUGCAUCUGAAACCCAUUUCACGUGAACUGAGGAGAGAGCUGUACGGGCGUCGCAGGAAGGGCCGCCACAGGUCUCGGUCCCGAUCAAGAGACAGAGACAGAGGCCGAGGGGGCGGCCGCGACCACGACAGGCGUCGUCCCAGAGACAGAGAGCGUUCGGGACGAUUCUGAGCUUCAAACCAGGACUUCUGCUCCCCCCUUUGUCCCUGUAUCCAUCACUGUCUUUUUUAAGUUUCUACACAAGCAGAUUUGUUGUAGGAUUAACAGAGAGGUGGUCAGUAUGAAGCUUUGGCAGUGUUGUUUUAAACUGAUUUCUGAAAAUAACUUUCAACUCAAUAAAGUAAAUGUUUUCUUAACAAAA